AUCUCUCUUCCUUUUUCUUUUCUUUGCCUUCGUUGUUAUUAUAGAUUCUUGUUCUGGUUCUAAGUUUCUGCAUCUCGUUUUCUCAUUUGGGGAUUCUUUUUUUUUUUUGGUUCGUGAAAAUGAAUAUUUCGAGCGUCAGAUUAUACGGGUUUUCCUUUUCUUUUCUUUUCUUUUCAAGUUUUUUUUUUUUUAACCCAUUUUUCUUUUAUUGUCUUGGCCGCUGAAGAUAGAGUCAUUGCUCCGUUUGGGUGUGUCUUGUUGUCUUGUUUGAUUCAUUGCUGUAGGAAGUAAUAUACAUAGAACAACAAGAACAGAAACAGAGAGAUUGUUAUUUUUUCUUUAAAGUUUCCAUUCAGCUAGUUUUAUCCUGCCAUCCAUUCCAUAAGUCUUUGGCAUUUUCUUUUCCUUCUUGGUUUUUAGAUUGUAAAACUAAUUAGAAACAGAAACAGAUCUAAUUUUGCCUUUGGGGGUUUGGUAAACAAAAUAGGAAGCUUGGUUUUCAUCGUUUCUGGUAGGAUGAAUUGUUUGUAUUCAGAAAGCAAGAGAUAUUCGAUAUUUCAACGUUAGGAAAACAAAAAUCUGUUUUUCUUUUUCUUGACAAACUUGAUUCCUAGCUUUCAUAAUAACUUUUUUUCUUUUUAAUUAUUUGCUGGAUUUUUAGUUCAUGGGUUCUUUAUUUCUGGACUUUAUAUAAAUUUUAUUAGCAUCCAUGUAACUUCUAUGAAGUUUAGAGGCGUUACUUGUAAAUUUCUUCUUUUAAUGGGUCAUGAUAAAUUAUCUUUUUCAUUUACAGGUAUUUCGUUUAACAUUUGGUGUUUCAAACCUACUGAGAUGUGGUCGCGAACUGGUUUUAGAAGGGAAACAUAUGAUUUGAUUACUUCAAGUUUUCAAGAUCAGAUAGACAGCAGUAGGCCCCAUGAACCCAUAGAUGUUUCUUCAUCUUCGUCUUCAUCAUCAUCAUCAUCUUCUUCUUCAGAGGAGUCCCAUGAUGAAGAUGAAAAUGAACAAUCUGAUAAGAAUUCCUCCAAACAACUGGUGCUUUACGAUCCAAUGGCUAGUGGUACAAAUGCAAUUGAACAAACCCCUCAACCUUUAAUACCUAAGGACUACCAUCCUCCGAAAUAUCCAAGAGUUCCAGGCUUUCAUUUGCCAUCCAGAGUUUUGCCAUCUAUAGGAGAUUUUACUGUUCAGUGCGCAAACUGUUUUAAAUGGAGGCUAAUUCCAACAAAAGAGAAGUAUGAAGAAAUACGUGAACAUGUCUUGGAACAACCCUUUUACUGUGAAACAGCUCGUGAGUGGCGGCCUGAUGUGUCAUGUAAUGAUCCACCGGAUAUUAAUCAAGAUAACAGUAGGCUUUGGGCUAUUGAUAAGCCUAAUAUUGCUCAACCCCCUUCUGGUUGGGAAAGACUACUGCGGAUUAGAGGUGAAGGAAGCACCAAGUUUGCAGAUGUGUAUUAUGUUGCACCCUCAGGCAAGAGACUUCGCUCCAUGGUAGAGAUUCAAAACCUUCUGUGCUGUUUUAAAAUUUCUAGGUUUUUGCUGCAACAUCCUGAGUACACAAGAGAGGGAGUAUCACUAUCACAAUUUUCAUUUCAAACACCAAAGCCCUUGCAGGAAAAUUAUGUGAGGAAGCGCUCUGCUAGGUUACCAUCUUCUGAUAGCCAGAGACCUCUUGAACCUGAUAGAGUGAAUCCCUUAUCAUGGGUUGGUCCAGAUGACUGUACAGACUCACAGCUUCGCAGGCCUGCUCUCCCUUCUCCGUUCAUUGAGGUGCCUGUUUAUGAUUCUGUUGAACGACCUGCAAAGAGGCAAGCAAUGGCAACUCAAUCAAAAGAAAUGGAUAAUAGAAAUGAAAAGGUCAGCAAAGGCAAAGUAGAAGGCACUGGUGAAUCUUGAAGAUGGCGAUUAUGAUCUGUGGAAGUAGUUUAAGUCCAGAUCGUUGUCACAUUUUUGUAUCUUUUGUCACAUACAAAACAUAUAGGAAAAAGACUUGUGAAAGUAUCAAAAGAAUAGGUUCAGGUUGGGGCAAAGGAAUGUGUAAGCUUUUUGUUAUCAUUUUCUAUAAACCUCCAGAUACAUGCAGUGUAACAAAUGAAGCAAUUACAUGAAGCUGUGCUUCCAAUGGAGAAAUUUGUUGA